AUGAAAACAGUCGGUUUUUUGUUCGUUUUGUUGUUGAUCAACGCUGUUUUCGUGUGCAACGCACAAGAAGAGGUAAAACUAUAAUCCUUGAUGUUGCAGUAGGUGAAUGUUUGUUAUCAGCGCUAUUUUUUAUUUAUAAAGUACGUUUUUUGAAAUAAUUGUUUAGAUACAAAAUUAUUAUUAAUUUUUAGAUAGAAUGCGAUCCAGAUCAAACGGCUUUAUGGACGGCGAUUCCUUUUGCCUUGGUAUUGCUGGUGACAAUAGCCGCUUUGGUCGGUGCCAUUAUGUUACUCAUCGGUGCUGCAUCAUCUUUGAGUAUGAAGGUUACGGAGACUGAAGCUAGAGUUUUGAUGACCAUGGACGGUACUAUUCGCUGUUUGAUUCCCUACGGGCUGCUACUGGACAUGCACGGCACGUCAUUGCAAAGCUACGCUCAACGUGAACCGGCCGAAGUUGCUCCAUUUCCAUCUUGA